CUCUAUUCUCUCUGUUCUCAUCUCUCUUUCAAUCUGUAUUCUCUCACUCACACGGUUCUAGCAUCCUCCAACAAUGGCUGAAGACGAUACUCCCCCACGUUUCUUUAAAGUUUUCAUCUCCCAUCACAGCUCAGAUUCCAUGAUGAUUCCCAUUUCCUACACCGAUGAACUUCCAAGAACUUUACCCAAAACAGCCAUUCUCCAAGGAACUGGUGGGUGUUUUUGGAAAGUUGAGAUGAAGAGGAAGAGAGAUGAGGUGCAUUUUGGAAAAGGAUGGAACAAAUUUGUUACGGACAACUCUCUUACGGACGGAGACUUUCUGACCUUUGUUUAUAACGGAGCCAACGUUUUCGAGGUCAGCAUCUACGGCCUUGGUGGAUGUAAGGAGAUGAGAGCAGUCACUGAAGUUGAAGAGGUCAAAGAAGACAGUGUUGUGUCUUUAAGCAGCACAGACUCAGACACUAGUUCCAAAUCCGAGGUGGCCAAUACAAUCAGCAAGAACAAAGGGAAGUCGCAAGUGGUAGAAGUUGAGGAUGAGUCUGAAGAGGCUGAGGCUGAGACUUGUUCUGAGUCCACUGUGGCUAAAACAACCACGGGAAGCCGAAACAAAGGAAAGAAGAAAGAGAAAGUUGUGGGGUCUUCUAAUGAAGACAGUGACAGUGAUUAUACUGAAGCGAAUGAAGACAGUGAAAGUGAUGAUACUGAAGCUUCUGAUCAGUUGAAUGCAUUUAGUGAGAGUUCUAAUACUGUGGCACAGCCAAAAAAGAAGAGGGAGAGAGUAACCGUCAAGAAGAUCAAAGACCCGGAGAGAUAUUUGGUUGAUCCAAAGAAUGUGUUCUUCGAGACAAACGUGAAGAAUAGGCCAUAUGAGCUGUUGGUUAGUGCACAACUAGUGAAAGACUAUGACUUAAAGUUCAAGAAGCUGGUUUACUACACUGACUAUCACAAGGACGGGAAGCUACAAGCGAAGACAACAAAAUGGAAGGAUAAUCGCGUUUGUAUCAAAAAGUGGAACCGCAUAUGCAAGAGGAACAAGUUGAAGAAAGGAGAUGGCAUAUUGUGCGAGCUUAAACGCAAAGAGGGUUUUGUUUACGCCGUUAGAAUCCAUAUCGUUCGGGAAAAGGAUUUGUAAACGUUGUGAGUACUAGGUGGAGAACUUGCAGGUUGAUAAAGAGCUUGUCUUUUAAUUUUAUGUUGUCUAUUAGUGCAGUUAUGAUGUUAUGUUUGAGCG